AUGUGGAUGCAAUUCAGUUUACGAGGAAAUUACAAGUGGUAUGAUAUAUUACCUAACCUCAUUUCUACUUAUAAUGACACAAAACAUAGAACAAUUGGAAUGAAGCCUAAAGAUGUUACUGCACAACAUGUUGAUAUUUCAAAAGAUCGAAUCUCGAAGCUCAGAAAAAUUCCGUUAAGACGAUCUAAAUUUAAAAUUGGUGACAAAGUGCGAGUUAGCAAAUAUAAAAAUAUUUUCGAAAAAGGUUAUACUCCUAAUUGGACUACUGAAAUAUUUACAAUUGAUAAAGUGGAAUCAACUCAACCUGUGACUUACAAACUCAAGGAUUACCAAGAUCAACCCAUCAGUGGAGGAUUCUAUGAAGAGGAGCUUCUAAAAGUGAAAUAUUCAGACAUUUAUCUUGUUGAGAAAAUUCUCAGGACACGUGGAAACAAAGUUCUUGUCAAGUGGCUUGGUUUCGAUAACUCUCACAACACUUGGGAAGACAAAGCAAAUGUAUAA